AUGGAGGGUGUCCAAAGCAUCGUCAAGCGAGACGAAGCCGUUUGGUUUGAAGAUGGAAACGUCGUACUGCAAGCUGGUGAAAUAGCCUUUCGCGUCUACCAGGGACUCCUCGCAAUGAACUCCGAGGUCUUCGCUGGCAUGUUCUCCGUCCCGCAGCCGGAUUCGGUGGAACGUCUUGAUGGCUGUCCCGUUAUACAUCUGUCGGACCAUCCGGAUGACCUGCGGCACCUCUUGCGUGUCUUGUUCAUCGACAAGAGAUUCCAUCGACGCGACGAGCAGUUCUCCUUCGCGAUUAUUGCAGCACUCGCUCGCCUCGCUCACAAGUAUGACAUCAAAGACCUUCUGGACGACGCCCUGCACCGCAUGAAGUCCUGUUUCAGUAACGCAUUCCAUGACUGGGCACCGACACGAGACAACGAGUGUGUGGGCAGUCCUCUCAUGGCUUACGUGGAGACGGAUGCGAUCGCUGCGGUCAACAUCGCUCGUCUUACGGACACACCAAGCAUGCUCCCCACUGCACUAUACGUGUGCUGCCAGCUAGACACUGAUAACAUCCUGAACGGGGUUCCGCGAGGGCAUGAUGCAGUUGAACGACUCUCAUCGGAGGACAUUACGAGGUGCCUCGACGCGCGGCUGAAACUCGUCCAUGACAACGUCGUCUCUGCCUUCAGCAUCUUCACCAUUGCCACCUCUGAUGGAUGUACGAGUCAAAAGAAUUGCCUUUUGCUUCUGGAGGAGCUCCUCGAAAUCGAGGCUGAAGGCAGAGGCUUGCCACUGGACAACUGCUCGUGCCUCGAGGACUGGAUACCCCCCCUUCGGGAAGAUGCAGAGACUGGACCUAUCCUUGAGGAUCUGUGUGCUAGCUGCCAAGCAAUGGUACAGGAGAGGGCAGCCGAUGAGCGCAAAGAAAUAUGGGAACGAUUACCGGCGAUCAUGGGUGUCGAGGUCGACCCAUGGAUCACUUGCAAGCGAGGUUACGCACGGAGAACAAACCCACCGAAGUGCUCGGCGCAAACCGUUGGCUCCGCAUCCGAGGGUACAUGA